GGUGGUGCCGGACACCAGUCGUUCCAGAAGGACGAUCAGCAGCAAAUGGUAGAGCCACAUGCUGACAAACACCCCCAGCUUUUUCUCUCUUUACCCGGAUGGGAACUGAUUUCAGGUCGGCGGCGGCGGCAGCAGCAGCAGCAGUGCCAUCUCACAUUUCAACGACAGAAAUAAGAGGGAUAUGGGCGGGACGAAGGGAGAUUUUCAUCUGGGGAAAUGACUGUCGAUGGGCAGCGCGCCAGCCAUGCCCACACGAAAGCCGCUUGAACAGGGGCCGUGCCGAGGCUGGUGGGGGCCAAGAUGCCUUUGAAGAGAAGAGAGGAAUUUUCAGGCCUGGACUGGGCAGGCUAUCAAGGGCACGCGCGAGCACGCCAUCCCAGAUAGGCAUGAGGGAGAACCUGGCGAGUCCAACCUGAAGAAGCCUGAGGGACGAGAGAGACAUUGGUGAGGCAGCCGGUUGGCGGCGGGCGGGGCGGCCCAGGAAUGUCAGCUUGUCGAAUGAACCAAUCCCUUGCACCCUCGGGUGCUGUACUGUUGAGACUCUGACACAUUCGAGGACUGCAGUGGGUUUGAGGGGGGGGCCGUGCGAAGAGGUAAGAUGAAGCCGAGCCACUAGAUACAGACUAACACCCG